AUGGGUGUGGGUGAGGCUAGCCCCGAGGAGGUCUGCACCUGGGACUCUGCACACGUGUGUUGCUACGGCCAGGGCAGCUGGCGGCGGCUGGCACUUGGUUCUGCCGGCUGUACGGUCAGUGCCCUGGAGAGGCGGGUGUUGGGCUCCCUGGGGUACUGGCGGGCGCCCGUCCUGGCCAGCCUCGCCACCGUCGUCGUUCUCCUGGGACUCUUCGGCACCGUCGGGAUUCCGGUUCGGACAGAGGGGCUUCUCCGAGGCUUCGAGGAGCAGCUGCAUAUACGGGAGCCCCAGGCCCUGAACGGCUUCGCUAAUUCAUCUCCUCGUGUGGCAGUCGUCUGGGUCACCUGGAACAUCUUCCUCAUCUGCUUCUACCUGGAAGUCCGGGGCCUCUCACAGGACAGAGAGCUACUGACCUUCAGCCUCUCCCAGCAUCGCUCCUGCUGGCAUGAGCACUGGCUGGGCUGUCUGCACGAGGAGUGGCUGGCUGCUGGCCUCGGGGGACCCCAUGGCCAGGCCCUGGUGUCGGGUGUGGACUGCCUGGAGCCCAGCUACGUGGAAGUCCUGCACAGCGGCCUGCAGACCCUGAUCGCGGUAAGCGAUGGUGUCUGUGGCGGCUGCCUGGUCACUAUGUUCUCGGAGGAAGAGGACAGCUUUGGCUUCAUUGGUGGAUUUGAUCCAUUUCCUCUCUACCAUGUCAAUGAAAAGCCAUCCAGUCUCUUGUCCAAACAGGCGUACUUGUAA